UGAAUUUAUCGUCUGCUGCAACUUUGAACAUUUCCGAUUCCAAAAAAGUGUUGGCAGAGUUUCAACAGCAUAGAGGGAGACCAUAGACAACAUUGUGAAUAUUAAUUAGAUAAAAACAUAAUUUUAAAUUGAAACAAUUAAGUGGGACCAAAUAGUUUAAAGUGAUGGACAAAUCUUUUGGAUCAAAGGCAGAAACAGCCGAAGAUAAGCGAGCAAUGUUUGCAAACACGUCACCAACAAGUUCAUAUAUCAAUCGAAGUGUGUCAAGCAAAGCCAGGGUUGCCGGAAAAUACGACCUUCAGGCCGAGGCCGAGGUUCGAAACUGGAUCCACCAACUCACCGGUGAAGUUAUAGAAGAAUAUGAACUUGAAAAACGGCUUAAAGAUGGAGUCAUCCUAUGCCAAUUGAUAAAGACUUUAUUCGACGGUACCCCACCAGACAGCCUCCCUCCAGCAUGUAGAAGUUUAAAGCCAAAAGCCAGAAAGAGCGACAAAGGAGCAAUACAGAUGGCCAAUAUUGAAAUAUUUCUGACAGCGGCGACGGCCUACGGGGUACCACAAAGUGGACUAUUCGCAUGUAAUGACUUGUAUGAAGGUAAAAACAUGCCGAUGGUGAUAGCAACAAUUCUUCAAGUAGGCUCUGAGGCACAGAGAAAUCAGUUUAAUGGACCAACUUCUGGCCCCGCCCCAGGAGAAAAGAAAAAGAAGAAGUUUACAAGAAAACAACUAAAAGCGGGGCAGUCAAUACUGAUUUUACAGAAUGGAACGAACAAGUUUGCAUCUCAGAAAGGGAUGACAUGUCCGGGGGCGGUCCGUCAUGGGGCAGAUAUUCGAGCAGAUGACCUAACAGAUGAAAGUAAUAGGUUCGUGAUCCUGCAAUCGGGGACAAACAAAUAUGAAACGCAAAAGGGAAUGAGAAUCGGAACACAACGUCAUUGCGCUGACAUUCGGGCCGACGACGUUAACCAGGAUAGUGAAGCCAUUACAAUUCUACAAUCCGGCACGAAUAAGUUUGAAACCCAGGCAGGCAUGAGAGGCGGAUUUGGAGCUGUUCGUCACUGUGCCGACAUUCGUGCAGAUGACCAGACAAAGGAAAGUGAAGCUGAGGUUUGGCUACAAUCAGGUUCUAAUAAAUUUGCAUCACAGAAAGGUAUGACUGCUCCUGGCGCUGUAAGACACGGAGCCGACAUUCGGGCUGAUGACCUCAAUCAAGAAAGUAACGCCAUUAAUAUCCUCCAGUCUGGAACUAACAAAUUCGACUCUCAGAAAGGCAUGAGAUGCUAUGGUGCAGUUCGUCACGGUGCUGAUAUCCGAGCCGAUGAUCAGACAAAAGAAAGUGAAGCCGAAGUCUGGCUUCAGUCUGGUUCUAAUAAAUUUGCAUCCCAAAAAGGAAUGACUGCUCCAGGUGCUGUAAGACAUGGUGCUGAUAUCCGGGCCGACGAUAUCAACCAAGAAAGCAACGGUAUAACAAUUCUUCAGUCUGGUACCAACAAGUUUGACUCCCAAAAGGGCACACGUGGCUUUGGUGCAGUCCGACACGGAGCGGACAUUAGAGCUGACGAUGAGAACCAAGAAGGUCAAGGUAUUGUCAUCUUGCAGGCUGGUACUAACAAAUUCGACAGCCAGAAAGGUAUCCGUGGCGGUUUUGGCGCAGUGCGUCAUUGCGCUGAUAUAAGAGCUGACGAAUUUAAUGAGGAAUCGAAUAGAGAAGUCCAGUUGCAGUCGGGAACCAAUAGGUUCGCAUCACAAAAAGGAAUGACGUCAUACGGUGCAGUACGUCAUGGUGCAGAUAUCAGAGCAGACGACUUCAACCUAGAAAGUAACGCAACAAUUAAUUACCAGUCGGGAUGGAACCAGGGAGACUCACAGAAAGGCAUGCGUGGUGGUUUUGGUGCUGUUAGACACGGUGGCGACAUUAAAGUACGAGAAUUGUUCGACGAUGAAGAUCUGUUUGACUAUGAUGAUCUUGAAUAUGCUGACCCAUCCCAGGGUACCUCGGACAUGUAAUGUUACUGGGAUGAUAAAUUAAUGACCUUCGUUUGAUGAAAACUGAAAUUAAUAUGAAAAUGAGACAAUUUCAUGUUUUAUCUUUAUAUUUUUUUUCCGAUUUAAAUAUCUUAAUAAUUUUCGACCAAAGAAAAAAGGAACAUAAACUUUUUGCAUGAAAUCGGACGAAUGUAUCCAUUUUGAAACAUAACAAUGGAAUAUAACAACACAAAUGCGAAUAAACCAGGGUCAUUUGGGACGCCAUAUAUGAACAUGAAUGAACUUUCGCUUAAGACUUUAUUUUCGAUUCCUUGUGGAUUAUUUCUUUCGAAUAAGACACGCUUGACUGCAAAUAACCCAAAAGAACAUUUGUGUUAGACUGUUUGUGUGAUUUUAAAAUAACUGUUUAAGAUUAUAGAUGUUUUUUGUGAUGUAUAUAUUUUUUUAAUUUCUAUUAUUUUUUUUAAAUUUUUUAUAAUUUUGUUAACAGUUAAAGUAUACAUGUGCAAUAUAUUUAAGUUCCUAUGAAGAAUGUAACUCUCAUUUAGAUAAAUGUUAAAAUAUUUUCCUUCCCUUUUAGUAACUAGGAAGUUCCCUGCCAAAUUUUAUCCUUUUUUACCAAAAAUUCGCAUUUACCUACCCUACAUAAAUUGGCAAAUAUAUCAGCACCUGAUAAUAACGAUAAGAUCUUAGAUAUUUGAUAUACCUAUAAAUAAAAGCUACAUGGACUGUUUUAUCCUAGAUUCUUUGCUUGUGUAAGUGAUUUACGUCAAUGUCAUACGCGAAAACAUCGUUCAUGUAAAUAAUGAUGGAUCUUAGCAUGAAUAAAGUUUUGAUUUAAUUAAUAA